AUGGGAGACACGGGCUUGAAGCUGUACGUCAACGCCAUCACUGCCGUGGAUCGGAACGUCAUUUUCAAGACGGUAGACCAGAGGAUAGAAUUCACCUGUACCACCGGUUUUUGCACAAAUUCAACGACCGCAUACUUGUCGAGCGAGGACUGCGACUUGGCGGAGAGUAAUGGAGUAUGGCCUCUUCCCCUCAUAUUUUCCCAGAUUUUGAUUUUGAAUAUAAUGAGAUUUUCACCUUUCAUCCUCUGCCAAAAUACGGGAGCUGUCAAUUUCAGUGCCAAUAUAAUGAUGACAGGGCAAAAUCAAAAUAGACAAUAGGGCUCGGCAUCAUAAGAAUAAAGUUUCGCCUUUCAUCCUGUGGCAAAAGCGAGAACGUUCCGACGAAUACGGGAGCUGUGAAUUUCACUGCCGUUAAUGGGGGCGACGACACGAAAUUUUUCGCCACAUUCAACGCUUCCGCACUAGCUGCCGGUGUGUACUACAAGUUGUGCAGUGACUUGGACGGUUCAGGCGCGUUAUUCUUCGGAGAUACGGGGUACGACAUGUACAUCUCACCCAUAAGGUCGAUUUCCAUGGAAGGCGCGAUCGAAAAAAACGUAGGAACCUAUGCACCGAACAUUUUGACGGUGACCUGUUGGCCCGACGCGAACUGCGAUGCGAAUACGAGAGUUCAUAUCGAUACAGCAUGCGAUAAAGACAUCACAAACGGC